UUACGACAUCGUUUUAUAUUAAUCGUCUCUGUGAAUGAAUAACUAUAAGUGGAGAGCCUGUUUGGUUGCCGGGAAAUCCAAGCUAUUUGAAAACCAAAACACUCCUCCGAGGAUUUGUUUUUUUAAAUGUUUUGUUUGGAAGUUCUUGUCGACCAAACGUAGCGUAAAACGGAAAUGGAAUUCCUGAACAGGAUUUCGAUCCGUUCGGGGAAUCGAUUGCGUGAAUUUUCGUUGAUUUCUCAAAGUUUAGCCAGCGAUAUUGGGGGUUCAUUUUGUGAUUUUCUUUCUAGGAGUUGGGAAUUCGUAAUGGGUGAUACUAUAUCUGAUAAUAGUUUGAAGGACUUCUACAUUCCAAAUUACAUACUUGUACCCGGGUCAAAGGUAGAAGAUGUUUCCCAUGUACCUGCCUGUCCAGUGAUAGUUUUCAUUAAUUCUAAAAGUGGAGGCCAGUUGGGAGGGGAACUUCUUGUUUCGUAUCGAGCUGUACUAAAUAAAAACCAGGUUUUUGAUUUGGGAGAAAAGGCCCCUGAUAAGGUGCUACACCAGCUCUAUGUUACUUUAGGAACCCUUAAGUACAGUGGAGAUACUUUGGCAACUGAAAUUGAAAAGAGACUGAGAAUAAUUGUUGCUGGUGGAGAUGGUACUGCCAGCUGGCUCCUUGGAGUAGUAUGUGAUCUCAAACUACCACAGCCACCUCCAAUCGCAACAGUGCCAUUGGGAACUGGAAACAACCUACCAUUUUCUUUUGGAUGGGGAAAGAAAAAUCCAGGUACUGACUGUCAAUCUGUGGAGUUUUUCUUGAAUCAAGUUAAGAUUGCAAAGGAAAUGAAAAUUGACAGCUGGCAUAUUAUCAUGAGGAUGAGGGCUCCAAAAGAAGGAUCUUGUGACCCUAUUGCACCUCUUGAACUACCCCAUUCUUUGCAUGCAUUUCAUCGUGUCUCCCAAACAGAUACAUUGAAUAAGGAGGGCUACCAUACAUUUCGUGGGGGAUUUUGGAACUACUUCAGCAUAGGAAUGGAUGCUCAAGUAUCGUAUGCAUUUCACUCUGAGAGAAAGUUGCACCCAGAAAAAUUUAAAAAUCAGUUAGUCAAUCAGAGUACUUAUUUGAAGCUUGGAUGCACUCAAGGAUGGUUUUGUGCUUCUCUAUUUCAUCCUUCUUCACGGAACAUUGCACAUCUGACAAAGGUUAGGAUCAUGAAAAGACAAGGUCAAUGGGAGGAUCUUAAAAUACCUCGCAGCAUUAGGUCUAUUGUUUGCCUUAACUUGCCCAGUUUUUCUGGUGGACUUAAUCCUUGGGGAACUCCACAUAGGAAGAAAUCGCAUGAUAGGGACCUAACUCCCCCGUAUGUGGAUGAUGGUGUAAUUGAGAUUGUCGGUUUUAGAGAUGCUUGGCAUGGGCUUGUUUUGCUCUCUCCAAAUGGACAUGGGACUCGUCUUGCACAGGCAAAUAGAAUCCGUUUCGAGUUCCAAAAGGGCGCAGCUGACCAUACAUUCAUGAGAAUUGAUGGGGAGCCAUGGAAACAACCCCUCCCAGUUGAUGAUGAUACGGUUGUGGUAGAAAUUUCACACCUUGGUCAAGUGAGCAUGCUUGCCACCCCAAAUUGCCGAUCUAAAAGUGUGUAUGACCCCUCUUCACCUGUUGGUCACCUUGAUGAAGAAGAGGAUAGUGCUGAAGAAUCCGUGGAAGAUUGGGAAGAACGAAGGAAGUUUGGUGCAGCCGACACUUUUAAAUUUCCUGAUGAGUUUGACAUAGCUCAUCUCAGUUAAUUACCUAAGACCUGACCCAUUCUUCUUUUGCACAUAUAUCUUUUCUUUCUUAUACUUCAUUAGCCUUCAUUUUCUUAUUGCGUUUGAUUUAUUUGUAGUAGAUGCGAAUGUGAUCCAAUUAAGAAUGUGAUCCAAUUAAGUAUACCGGUAUGCUAUUGGCAGUAUGCAUUCUUGUAAACAGCUUUUCUUGCCUCUGUAAAUUUGAAAUUCUUUUACAGAAUUACAGUCAUAUACAUGUAUAGUUUUUUGAAAACA